UCUUUUCUUACUCUGUCAUUCGGUUUGCCUUUACAGAUGGAUGCCGACUUCGAUCCCAGUGAACACUCGAGCUUGUCUAAGAAAAAGAAAAAGAAAUUAAAAGCAGAAGCAUCGCUUAGGAAAGGAAAGAAGCGGAAAUCCCACUUUGCUGAAGUUCUAAACAAAUCCAAGCCAACCUUUGACCCCAAAGAUAAAAGCUUUGAGCAAUACCUGGACGAGUACUACCAGCUAGAUUAUGAGGACAUUAUUGACGACCUGCCCUGCCGCUUCAAGUACAGGCAGGUCAUCCCCAAUAGCUUUGGACUGACCACAGAAGAGAUCCUUGGUGCCGAUGAGAAGGAACUGAACCGAUGGUGCUCACUGAAGAAGACCUGCAUGUUCAGGUCCGAGAGGGAGGAACGGGGCGAUUUAAAAACGUACCAAAUCAAGGCAAAGGACAUCCGCAAGAAGCAGCAAAUCUUGAAGUCCCUCGGCAUGGAGGAUGAAGAGGCCUUGAAUGUGCAGCAGGAAGGCAAAGUCAAAGUGGGUAAGAAACGGCGAGAGCGGCUGAAGAAACAGCAGGAGGGAGACGAAGAAGAUGAGGAUACCGAGCCGACGGCCAAGAUGGAGCCCGUCUCUUCCAUGGGUCUGCAGAAGGAGGAGGAUGAAGAGGAGGGAACUUCCUUCCUUCAGCCAAAGAAGAAGAUGAAAACCGAACCAAGCGAGGCCCACCUGGUGUCCCCCACCAAGCAGCUUAAGAAACGGAGAGCUGGUGGCAGCAAGAGACUCCUGCCAGGCUCGAUGCUUCUGAAGGUGGGCGGCCGAGAGUUCAGUGGGCAAAGGCUGCAGGCGUACGGCUUGAACCCCAAGAGGCUGCGCUUCAGACAGCUGCACCGGCAGAAGAGGAGGAAGAAGCAGCAGCAGCAGAAAAGACAAUGAGCCGGGGACUCGACUUUUUACAUGAAAAGAUUCCAGUGGCUGUUUGGUGCCAUUCUUUUUUUUUAUACAGUCAUGCAAUUUUAAUGUCAUGCCAGGCCGACAUGGGACAGGCGACACCCUGAAUCCACAAAUCAAAAAGAAAACCGACAGGCAGGGAAAUAAACGGCUGCUUUCUUUCUGGAAUGCAUUACAUUUAAAGAGACGACUUGUUACCGUCGUUUUAGUUUGUGUGAUUACUGCACCAUCUUUCAGUAGUUAAUUUUAUAUAAUUCAAUGGUUAGUUAAAUGUGGCUGGCUACUUUUAAUAUAUUUAGUUCUUUAUUUUAAA